AUGGGUGUGAAGAUGGCUGAAUGCGAACCUCCUCCAGUCGCAGACUACUUCUCGAUAUCCGAUUGCUCGACUCUAGCCGCGAAAGACCCCUUCGAGCCGCCGUUCCUCCCAUAUUGGGCCCGAUACGAGUCGCAGUGCGCGCAGAAUCUAUUAGAUUAUUCCGACCAGCCGAUCGAGUACGACCACGACGACGAAGACUACAGCGAUAACUGCUUCUUUUUCCCGGAAGACUGUUCGUACACACCACCUAAAGACUGGGUUGAAGUGCAUUAUAUUUCAGUGGAGGAGACACGCGACAUCCAGGUGGAGGAAUACAGACCGGCAGAUCAAGCCACGAACCCUGACACCACCGACAUCGACACCGACACCGACACCGACACCGACGCCAUGAUUCCCGGACUCCCAGAUAUCAAGAUGAUCGACUCAGAGGCAUUAAGCGACCUCCUAGAAGACAACCUCUCACCACCAGAGAUAACAACAAUCGUCGUCUUCGCAACAAACGGCGCAGUCUUCGCCCACGGCUCAACCCUAAGCUCCCGACAACUCCGAAACCUAAGCGCAACCUACGGCGCGGCCUACACAUGCUACGCGAAAACAGCCUCAACAGGCAACCUAACAGGCGUGAACCCAGCAAGCCACCCAUCCUCCUACGUAACAGCAAAGUCAAUGUCCCUAGGCGACGUAGGCUCAAUCGUCUUCGAACUAGACGACUCAGUAGCGGUGGUAACGCGCAUCGCCGACAAAGUCCUCAUCGCCGCCGUAGGCCCAUCCAAAUCUGGCUCGGAUUCCGAGUCACAAGCUCCAGCACCAGCCAACACGAAUGACGCUAAAAAUGGCCCACAGCCCGAUCAGCCCAUUGGGAAUGGGAUGACUUCACCGGAUGGAUCGCAGGAUGGUCAGCGGACUCCGACGGCACAAGCACCGACUUUGAACACCCCCACGCCAGCGCAGAAUCGCCAUCUAGAUCAGUAUGAGAUUGAUCGUAGUGUUGACCUGGAGCGGUUGUCUAGUUUGAAUUUAUCGGCUUCACCGGCUGUCUUGUUGGCGCUUGAGUCGAAGUGUGCUGCGUUGGCGAGGUUCCUUGGGCAGAAGUUGGAUGCUUUGGAGAGUCCUGAGGAUUUCUGA